GCAGUGCUUAAAUAGCAGUUACGCCGACUGGCUGUGUCGGCGUGCAACGAUAAUUUCAAUAUUAUAAUAUACAAUUUACGUUUACGUUUACGCAUACAUCGAUCAAUCGUUACAAUCUGUCAAACAAUAUAUUAUACAAAACAUUUUAAAACUUUUUACUAGUACAUAUUUGACAAAAUGACCGUAUGGACGCGGCUGAUGAUUAUAUUGGCUCUCAUUAGUACGGUUCAAUGGCCUAACUCAACAGCACAACAAACAAAAGACAAUAAUUCAUAUUGGGAACAGUAUUUGAGGUCUUCUGCAAGGCAUAUGCCGAAAAGAACACGUUUUUUUGAUCAAAAUACUACUGAAACUACUGCAGCCAUCACAUCAAGUUAUAAGGAAGAUCAAAAAAAUGAACCUGUUAUAAAUAUUAAAAAUAUAAAUGUAAGAGAUUUACCACCAGCAAACUUGACCAAAUCAUUAUUUACAAAUGAAAAUACAACCAAUAUUACCAAUAAGCAAGCUAGCACCGGUAAAAAAUUGCGUAAAAAAAGAAUUUCACCAAAUCCAACAGUUUCAAUCAACAAAUUUAUACCAGAUCCACAAGUAAUCGAAAAAUGUUCAUUGAACGAAACUUUUUGUGUCAAAGUUGAUAAUUAUCCAAAACAAGAAUUAUCCGAUAUUUUUAGAACCAGCAAAUAUAUGUCAACUUCUUAUUUUGGAACAGAUACUGUACCUAAUGAAAUACAUACAAAAAUAUCCAAUAGUAAUCUUGAAUCAUUGUGUGAAUCAAAAGUAGAAACUAUAUUUCCGCAAGCAGCUAUUACACAAACCAAUGAAUGGCAUUAUGUUAUUCAAGACCUAGUUAUUAACAACACCAAUUUUCAACAAGGUUUUCGAGUGGAGAUAUGUAUAAAUAAAAUUGAAGCGAAGUGCAAAUUUGAUGAUAAAUUACCAUUUGGAUACUCAUCAAGUUGUGUACAAAAAUAUAUCUAUAAAAAAAUGGUUGGCAUUAAACAUUCUAAUGAAAUAUAUUAUGAAAAUUUUAGAAUACCAUCAUGUUGUGAGUGCAUGUAUAGUAAAGUUUCAGAUAUAACAACAAUGUUUGAAGACAGGAAAAAUUACCUAACUAGGUGUUAAACAA